CAAAAUCCCAACAAGUCCUUGAACUUGAAGCAUUCGAAUUCUACAAUUUGCUCCCGAAUCCAUCCUGCUUGUCUUAGGGUUUCAUCACUUCAUCUCCAUUUACAUCUCGCCUCCUUUUCCACUCAUAGAUUCAUCUGAUUUACACACAUCAUAUAUAUGCAACCCCCAAACCAACUCCAAUUUCUAUCAGGAUUCUGAUAAAUCCUUUUCGAACUUUUAUAUUGAUAUCAAGAUUUGGGCAUUAAUUAUGAUCAUCUUUGUUAAAUUUCGAUUCUCAUCAUUGUUGAAUGUGAACACCAACAAGCUUUCUGGCAAUCUCCGAGCUCUUGGCCCUGGUUUGAAUCCGUUUGCUCCGUACAACUUGGCCAAUCAUUCCUCUCGCUAAUUGUCUUUGCAGUUCUUGUUUUUAAAAAUUAUGUAAACUGUUUGAGGAUAGGAAGCUCUGAAAUUCCACGUAUUUUUAAUUGGGCUCAUCUAUUUUCUGGGUUCUUUUGAGAUUUAAAGAUAAGACCAAUUCGCUGAUAGAUUGAAAUUUCUGCCUUGAUUGUUUGUGGGCAUUUUUGUGUUUUUUCCUCUUAUGUGAAAAAACUCCUGAAUUUGAAGUCUGCUUUUUCUUCAAAUAUUCGACAAAGAAAAAUCGUUCUGUGUUUUCCUACUUUAAACCUUUGAAUCUAACCUUAAAAAGGUUAAAGAUUGAGUCAUUUUGAUCGUCCAUCAAAGAUAAAGGUAAAUUUGGGUUGUAAGAUUAUUGGAUUAGUAAUAGUUUUUGAGAGCUGGUGUUUGAUAUAAAGGAGAAAAGGAAUAUUCAAUAAUGCCAGAGUUUGAUAUCGGACCAAUCAGGAAGAGCAGGCAAUUGGGUAGGUCGGGAGGGGACAGGGAUGAUCGAGGUUGGACUCCCCUUCACAUUUGUGCUAGGAAAGGUGACCUUAAACAGGUGAAACGACUUCUUCAUGAAGGAAUGGAUGUCAAUGUGGCUGCCUGGGGCCCAAAGUCACAUGGUGUGACCCCCCUCCACCUUGCUGCUAAGGGGGGUCAUCUUAAAGUUAUGGAUGAAUUGCUAGAGCAUGGUGCUGAUAUUGAUGCGCGAACUAAGGGUGCAUGCGGCUGGACGCCACUUCACAAUGCAGCUAAAGAAAGAAAUAAGAAAGCAAUUAAGUUCCUGGUUGGAAACGGCGCAUUCCUGCCUGAUGAUAUCAACGACACAAGGUUCAAUCCGCCUCUCCAUUAUUGUCAUGGUCUUGAAUGGGCUUAUGAAGAGAAGAAGCGCCUCCAGUUGGAUAAGUCUUCAUCUAGCGAAGCAUCCUACAGCUCGGAAAACUGAUGGGUUUACCCUUACAUUGUUGCUUCUUUUCAUGCUGUCUUGGAACUGAAGCAGACUCGACUUGUCAUUCUCCUCUUAAAUCGUGGUGCUCUAUGCGAUUUGGUUUGCAAUGGAAUAAAUGUAAGAUUAGAACGUUUGUGUGUCAUGUUUCAUGUGUUUGCUUCAUAUGUCUUCUGCAUCUGGGAUAUCUUACUUGAAACUCUUUCGAAUGCCAUCAAACCAAUAAUUUUAAUGUUAUUGGUCUGUUUGUUAA